ACAUCGCUGUGUUUUAAUGGUAACCACUGAGGAAGAGUCGUAUCACGUGACUACCGGUGACUACCACGCGUGUUUGGUUCUAUUCUGUCAACUUAAUGUCAUCAUUGGUGAGUUCGGCACUGAUUUUACCAUCAUGUUUUCGUUUGAAUCUCUUUUAAACAGUCUGGAGACGUGUGUCAUCAGUGAGGACCACGUUCAGAACAAACUUCGUAUCUUCUGUGACAAACUCUCUCAGUCCUCCAGGAGUGAUGUUAAGAGAUGUAAGGAGCGCUGUCUAGAUGAGGCUGCACAGCUGCUGAGACAGAUACCCCAGACAGAGUUAGUUUCUUUGGAGAGGAAUGAUCUCCAGCUGCUGGUCAGACUCCUCAUCUCCAUGCAGCUGCAGACGGUCAGCAUCUCCACAGCGUGUCGUAAAGUAGACAAGAUGCUGCAGUAUUUGGCAAAGAUGGAUCAAGAGUUGGUUUAUAGAGAAACCCGUCAGUGUUUACAUUCAAUAAUCCAAACGGCGCAGAUAUUAUCAUUUGAGGAUCUACAGAGAGCUUGUAUGUUCUUGGAGGACAGCAUGGUGGGCCGUGAGGUCUGGCGAGAGUCGCACCAGUAUCUGCUGAGUAAAGUGUCAGAGCUGUUUCCUGUUGUAUUACAACAGGAAUCCCACAGAGAUGGACCUAUGUGUUAUAUUGCUGUGAAGUUGUGCUUACAGAUAUUCCAACUGUUGUCCACUGAGUUGGCUCCUCUAGUAUGGGACAGGGAGCAUCAGAGUCCAGCAGUGCAGAAUAUCCUGCAGGCCCUGAUGGACAUCAUACUUGGACAGUGUAGCAACAGGGACACUCGUCUUUUGGCUGGCACGACCUUGGCCAUGCUGAUUAACAUGGGUUCAGAGAGGAAAGAUGCCACAGCUGCUGCAUGGAGUCUGCUACAGGUUGCUGAACUUGAGCCCUGGUUGCUGACUGUUGGUGGUCUGCGGAUACGGUGCUCUCCUGUACCAGGAGGAGACACAGUGGGGAGGCUGGCUGUGAGCAGGGGUCUUCUAACCUGCUGUCGGCCCCAUGUUUUACUCAGUUCUUAUGAGGAUGCCACUGAUCAGUGUUUACUGCUAAAAGGCCUGUUCCCUCUGGUCUGGGCUCUAUGUGAGGAAAAGCUGGAGUGUCACUACCUGGCCUUUGAAGUUUUAACUCUAUGGCUGAAAAGAGUUAAGGAAUGCUUGGCUGACAUAUGGAAGAAGAGAGGAGUCGGUCUCCUUUCUGCAAACAGCAGCCUCCAGCAGAAGCUCAUUGACAUUGUUUGGACCAAUGCAGAAAGUCCAGUGUAUGGUGUGUCAGAAUUUGUGCGCUGUGCUUUCUCCCUGCUGCUGGACAUCUAUAAGAUGGACUGUGAGAAUAUUUGUGACACAGAGAAGACUCUUUAUUUGUGUCUGCUUCAGCGAAUAAUCCAUUUACCUUGGGAAUCAAAAGCCAAAUAUUAUCACCUUUGUUCAUUACUGCCAUACCUGGGGACUGACAUGGUGCUGGAUCAUUAUGUGGAUUUACCCAGUCAUCUCCUGAAGUGCUUGUCAACCAAUCACCUCUCACCAUGUGGAUCAGAGCUUUAUAAGAGUCUGGUCCAGCAGCAGAGGAGAGAACUUGAAAACUUCAAAAAAUCCAAUAAUCCCACUGAACUGGACAUAACCCAUGUGUGGGCAAAACGUUGGAGGCCGGUCCUACACGAGGCCCUGACGUCUGACGUGACUCUUUUACAGAAUAACAGUGCAACACACUUAUUACCUUGUACUUUUCAAGUCUUCCCAUCUGCCGUAACUCAUCUUCUGGCCUCCCUUGAUCCGUUAACCCCAGGUCAUCUCCACGCGUGGGCCAGCAUCAUGAGCACAUACAGAGCCACCACUGGAUGUUCUCCCUGGGCUCUGCAGGACAGCUCCAUCCGCCAAACCCUCCAGCUGGCUCUGGGAUCUGCAGACGACAAAGUUCGUCUGGCUGCUCUCAACCUCCUCUGCUGCAGCCCCAAGACCAAAGACAGUCCAACCACAGAGGAGGUGACGAUCAUGAGGGAGUUUAUUCCUCAGAACCUCAACUGUGAGUCCUCACCUUUUCGCCAGCAUUUUCAGGCCAGUGUAAAGAAGUUCCUGGUUCGUAUCAGAGACGGAUGCUUGGCACUGGUCAGAGGACAGAAGGGCAAAAACAAACAGGAAAGCCCUCGUUUAGGCAGGACACAGGAUUUACUGCAGCAAGGAAUAGACUUUGUGGAGUGGUUGAGUCAUCUUCCAUACAGCUAUUUGGCCCCAGGACACAGUUAUCAGAGGAAGAAGACUGUGUUGCUGUUGCUGUCUGCUGUCCUGGACACCUGCACAGACACCUGGAGUCCAGACAAGAAGAAAGGACAACCUCCAGCAAAUAUUGCGUCUCUCAUUAGCUGUGCCAGACAAAAUGGACGGUGGGAUUUUUUUAACAGGGCUAAACAGCUGGUCCUCAUCAGCUGUCUAGAAGAUUCUACAAAUGAGAUUCGAGAGCUGUCCGCUGGGAUAUUGUUAAGAUUUUUCCCAAACAGUUUUCCAGAUGAUGUCGGUGCAGUGCUGCUCCGACGAACCAAACAGCUUCUGAGCAGUCCUCGCGUGCAGGAGGCUCAGAUGGGAGCACUAAUGAUGAAGGUCCUACUUCUGAAGUCAGCAAAGCAACCUGAAGGUUGCAGCCAGAGCAGCACUGAUGAUGUCAACAGUUAUGAAAAGUCCGAAGCAUCCUGCAGAGUCAGACAGUUGGUGAAGGAGCUGCAGGAACAUUAUCACACAGCCAAGGCAGAUAUGAUGCUGGCUGCCAAAACCAAACCAAUACAUGGUAUUGUUGGUGCUCUUCAUAGGUGUGUGAUUGAGUCACCUCUUCAUAUCUGCGACACACUGGACCACAGUAUGGUCAGGGAGGUCCUGCUUCUUCUGGAGAACAUCUCCCUGCUGCUGCUGGGUGUUCUGUUUGGUGACCUCAGUGGUUCUGCCACUGACCAAGACGCCCCGCCUUCUUUCUGUGAUAUGGGAAAUGCCAUCAGCUCGCUGAUAGCCCAAACAUCUGUAGGAGACAGAAUUCAUGAUGAUGAUGAUGAUGAUGAUGAAGAGUGUGUCCUGCUAUCUGAGGAGCACAGCCUCAUUCUCACCUGCUGCUGGGUCUCACUCAAGGAUAUAGGAAUUUUCUUGGGUUCUUUGGUGGAGAAGCUUCUUACUGACUCCAAUAAAUGUAUUUUAGAAAAGGAAGAUCUAAUAAGAACGUCAAUAAUAUUCAAGAAUAUUCUGUUAAAAUGCCGUCACUGGGGAGCAGUAGAGGGCUCCUGUGUGGGUUUCACCAAGUUCUGUGCAUCCCUGCUGAGCAGCAACAAUCAAGAAUUUAUAUAUAUAGAUAUAGAUAUAGAUAUAGAGAGUUUGCAGGUCGUGCAGUGUCCUCCUUCUACAUCUGUGACUCGACGAGCAGCAGGGCUGCCGAUGCUCAUCUUGUGUGUGGUGUCAGCAGAGGAGGCCAGUAAAUCACGACCUCUCCUAGCCCGUAGUAUGGAGACUCUACUGGACACAGCCAAAAUGCCUCUGCCUGACGACUGGGACCAGACCCUGGACCUUCCUCAGGUGUGUGCCGUUCACACUCUGCAGGCUCUGGUGCGAGGCUCAGGUCUAGGAGGCGCUGUCCUUCAGUUUGCUCCGGCUGUGGCCAUUCUGUCACUGACUCUGCUCAGUUCUCCCUGUUGGGCCAUGAGGAACGCUGCACUGCAACUCUACAGUUCCCUGAGCUCCAGAAUGCUCGGACAGCGGCCCAGCAUUGAAGACAGUGGCCCUGCCCAGAAUUCCAUGUCUCCCUCUGCUUUCUUCUUACAUUACCCUGGUCUGCAGCCCUUUCUCCUGGGAGAGCUGAAAGGGGCGGCAGAGGUCCUGGAGGGGCAUCCUGAUGAGGCCAAGCUUCAUUUACAGCCAUCACUCUAUCCCAUCCUCACCCUGUUAGCUCAGCUGCAGCCUGGAGUCCAAGACUCAGCAAUGACAUUGUCAGACUUCUUGCCUCCUUUAGUCCAACUGUCUACCAGUCCCAUUUACUGUGUGAGAGUGAUGGUCUGUAAGGCCUUGGUUGCCAUGACUCCACCCACGGAAUACAGGAACAUUCUCAUCAAACUGACUGCUCAGCUGCCCAGGCAACAGGAGCGCUGUCGUCACAACCAGCUCCAUGGGCAGCUGAUGCAGAUCAGAGCCUUUGUGGAGAGAACUCUAAGCACUGACAGUGCCUCAUCAUCCUCACUGACUGAUGUGGUGACUAAGGUGGAGGAGUCGCUGUGGCUAUUGACCGAGGCUCAGCGCUGUCCCCUAGUGAGAGCAGUCUACCUUGAAGUGGCAGAGUCAUUAAGAGGCCUCUGCUCUGAAACGUACCUGUCCUAUAUCUGUGACACAUUAAUGCAUGACCUACAUACACCUCAAGAGGGACUACAGGUCGGUUUGUCAUCCUUCCAUCAACGGGCCAUUAGCUUCCUGUGUGCAGAUCCACAGUGGGCACACCAAGUGUGGGACAGCUUCUCUGCAGGGAGCUCUGAUCUAAAACUCUCCCUGGUCAUGUGGUUAGUUGACGGGCAGAGAUCGCAGCCGAGCACCUUAAAAGAAGUCAUCAUGAGUGUGUUGCAGCUGAACCUGAGGGAGACUAUGUUGAGCCACAGCAUCGUGUACCGCAGGACUUUCCUCACAGCUUUGGCUUUGGUGAUGGAUGAAGGUGAUUCUACAUCCAUACAGCAACCUGCUCAGACUGCUGCACUGCAGGAGCCAGUGCUGUCUGAGUGUCUGGAUCUGUUACUCAGGGACCUGGAGGAAGUGGGAUCUGGACCAGAGUUUCUGUCCCAUGUUCUGUGUGCUGCCAGUCUGCUGCUUUCCAAGGGUUUAGAGUCAAGUGUAAAAGAAUCCAUGACGCUGCUCUGGUGCAACAUCUUGGAGUGCUACCGGAGCCCAGAUGCUCCUGAAGUGCUCAGGUUGGCCAGUGCUGAUGCUCUAUGUGUGGCUGGAGUUCCACUAAUGAGCCAAUACAGAACUCUGCCCUCUAUUAUGAUCAGGUUGAUCAACACAGGCCUUUACCUGCUGCAGGACCAGAACCAGCAGGUGAGGGCUAAAGCUGCAGGUUUUACCUCCAUGCUGCAGCAUGUCAGAGCUCGGGAAGGUCGGGUCAGCGCGUACCACAUGCAGGUCAACCAGGCUGUGCCGUCUCUGCUGGACCUGCUCCUGGAAGAAUUCUCUGAUCUUCCUGAAACACUAGAGGUGCUGCUGAGUCACCUGCCUCAGUCUGACAUCAAAUCAAUUAUCAGAGAUGCCACAGAGACAGGAUUCUCCACUCUGUAUGAACAGGAUGAGGCCAAUGUGUUUGCAGAGCCGUCUGUGAUGUCAGCACAGGUGCUGCCCUACCUGCUGCAGAUGACUGAAAAACACCCCCAGUCCUCGGCUUUGGCUCAGAGUUUGAGCAUGUGGGUAGAGCAAAGUGCUGCUCACGUGUGUGACUGCCUUGAGUUGUGCAAGAACUUACUGCCAGCUGAAUCCUUCACCAACACCUGGCUGUCUCUCCUGUUGGAGCCCAGAUUCCACAGCACCCUGUGUGGACUGUUCAGCAAGGCUGCCUUUCUGCUUAGACUUUUAAAAAACUCCAACAAUGCACAGAGCUUCUGCGAUCCUUCUUCCUUACACAAGAGUUUACAGGAAGUUUUAUUUCGGCUCAGUCAAAACGGUGUCUACUUUCCCACUGUUAUCACAGCUGCUCUGGCAGAGGUGCUGCCAUGUGAUUGAAGGGACAUUCUGUGAGCAAAGUCUCCCGGACAAAAAUAAAAAAAUAGACCUGAUGUCACCCGUACUCGGGCAAAUUCAAUGUUUACAAUGAGAAAGGCACUUAUUGCUGCCCUAUCCUGUGUCCUGGAGCCAGUCCCAGGGUCAGUCAUUGAGUAAGGGUGGGCCCAACUCUGUACAGUUCUUGGGUCCAUUGCAGAGCCAUGUACAGACAGAAUGUUGUAUAAAUGCACUAACCUUUGUGCUAUUUUAGAUUUUGAUAUAGUAACUAUUUCACUAAUUCUGAACUGUCGACUGGAUUAAAUUGCUUACCUAAAUACUAAGUGUGCAGCAGUACAGUGUAAAUCCAGUUCACAGUCUAACCUCUAGACUGUUGGGCAAAUAGAUGAUUAGCACUUGUGUCAUUCACAUCCAGGUUCAAAAUUCAAUUUUUUUCCCCUUAAAAACUUAGCAACUGGAUUCCAAAAUUGUGAGAAUCAAAGAGAAAAUAUUGUGUGGUCCCAACUAAUAAAGACUAAAGAUGACUUUGUCUGUGUUUUGUAAUAAAAUAAAUAUAUAUCUAGUAUAUAUAUAAACAAUAAAUAUCAAAUUAUAAAUUAGACAAAAAAAAUUUUUUCAUUUAAAUUUAGUGUCCGCCCCCCAAGAUGUCUAUUCAAAAAUAUUCUGGAUAAUAUGGUCUCUGACAUCAUAUAAACCAUCUCUACAUACAGUAUAUGCCAUGACAUCAACAUUGAGAAUACUGAGUUGUUUGCCUGCAGCAGGGCUGGCACUCAAGGCAGAUGCAGUGAUGUAAUGUAACAGCAUCUGCAGUCCUUGCUGUCUUGUGCCCAGCAGGGGAAUACUGUGUACGGGUUAAUGUUCCAUUAGAGGACUUCUGCAUGGAUAAGUAUCCAUUUUCUAACCACAUGGGGGCUGAUGAUGAUUGACUGGAUCUGACUAAGAGCUGGUAGUUGCUCUACAACAGACCACUCAAUAAAGAUGUCUUACGUCAGUGUUUGUAUACAGGCUUGUGGCUCACCUGUAGUUGAUAACAUUUAUAAAUGCAAGUGUAUAUAUUUUUUUUGUUUUGUUUUAUCUCUGAAAUGAAUCCUAUCUUGACAAGGUUUAACACAACGCAAAAAAACCAGUUCUGUAUGCAAGGCAACAAACACUUAUUUCAUUCUUCCUGUUCAGAUGAUCUACAUGUACAUUAUAUGAAAAAUAAAAUCCUUAUUAUCGAGC